AUGGUGUCUUCAACAGCGCUCCUGCUUUUUUGCACUGCGUGGAUCUCCGCUUCUUUCCUGCCUGUGUCGGCAGGUAAGUGCACAAACCUCGGUUUUCCAACGGCGUAUGGAAUAUUUGAAUGUGCAGGGUCAAAUAUUAAUCUUUGUGCAAUCCUCGACUCCACUAAACUCAGCAACAUGAACAAGCUCGUUGAUUGCACCGUUAAGGGAUUAGCAAGUCUUGGCUACAAUGGGUACCUGUUCAGCAACCUGGAACCUUUGAUUGCUGACAUAUUCACUGACCUCGUAAAUGUGACAGAUGCAGUGAACAGCCUUGAAACACUCGCCCAUUACUGCGACAGUCACCAAAGUGAGAGUUUCUGCCAGGUUCCCGCUCUUGCGGACGCAACUUGCUCGACUCCAGUGCAAGUCAACGUGCCACAAGAUGCUAAAAAAGACUGCAGCCUGAACUCCUGCCAAGGGAAGGAUGCCACCAGCGUGAACUUCGGAAGCGAACCGACUUCAGUUAUUAAGUGUUUGGUGUCAAACAUCGACGCACUGGACGAAGGAGAUGUGUACAGGGGAGCAGCCUGCUUCAUAGUCACAGAACUGACAAAACUACAGGGGAACAACACCCAGUUCGGUGCUGAGCUAGAUUCCCUGCUGGGUGUCCUAAACUUCUAUGGUGAUUGCAAGUCAGCCAUCUUUGACAUUGACCUCAUCAAGACUUUGCAACUGAAGUUGAUCACCAGCAAAAAGGAGUCCCGCAUGGUCAACGAAUGA